AUGCGACAUAAACAAUGCUAAUCGAACUAAGCUUAAGUGUAAUCAUUUCAUGGGGUCAAAAGCGUUUGUAACGGCUCGUGCUGAACUUGUAAGUAAUACCAUUUUUAUUGUUUUGACUAAUGAAACUUUAGUAUUAUAUCAAUUGUUUCUUAUUUCACAGGGUAAAACUAACCCUGAAGGGGUAGAGCCUGACAGAAUAGAGUUCUAUAAGCAUACUCAUUACACGAGUGAGAAAGGAUGGUCAUCUUUAGAGGCUGAGACUCACUAUAACAACAUGACAGAUUUGAAAGAUAUAUAUACAUCGGGAGAGUCUUCCAUGACUAUUGAUGAAAUUGUGGAUACUAUACUUGGUACAAAGUCGGGGUACAUAAAAGGACUUGGUUACCGCCCAAAACCUAAUACUACAAGAUCUACACAAAGGAGAAUGGCAGAGUUAGAAGACUCCCUCAAAAAGGCAAAACAGGAAGCUGUUAGUGCCCAGCUUGAAUUACAGAAUCGAUUAAAUGCAGCUGAAACUGUGGUAGAUAAUCAGCAGUCUCAAAUACAAGACCAGCAAUCUCAAAUACAAGACCAACAAUCUCAAAUACAAUCAUUAAAUUCUCAAUUGAAUACUAUAGUGGCACACCAAGAGGAAAUGUUUAGAAAAAUGCAACUUCUUUCUCGCUCAUCGCCACUAAGCAAAGAUUGAGAUCCAUCAAAAUGUCAACUUAAGGUAUAAAAGGUGAGAAUUGAAUCAAGACUAAUGUAAACUAAGUAUCACCACAUU